AUGAAGACAUCGAAUACUGUUACGCUGCUUCUGGCCGCCACCUCGGCGUACGGCCAUGCCGUCGUCACGCAGGUGUUUGGCUCGAACGGCGUGAUCACGUCGGGUCUUGGUGUCGUCAAGGGCACGCCCCGGACCGGCACGGACCCACAACCCUUCCAGAUUGACACGCCUGUCCUCAAGAAUAUGAAAGAUGACCCCUGCGGCGCAACGCUUGGUGGCGGAAGCAUCAACAUCCCGACCGCCAUUAAUGCCGCGAUCGCAGAGGGCGGCGGGUCGCUUCCCUCGCUUGCCGCCAACGGCAGCAUCAGCCUCGAGAUCCAUCAAGUUAACGCGGACGGCGGAGGGCCGUUCACAGCCAUGGUCAACGCUGACGCAACCGGAAAGACUUGGGUCCCCGCGACCGUUCUCAUCCAGGCGCCCGGGACCAACGGUAUCCUCCAUGGCGGUCCCGCAAACGUACCCUUUGCUAUCCAGAUUCCCACGGGCACGAAAUGCACGGGUGGCCAGGACGGCGCGACGUGUCUGAUCCGCCUGAACAACGGCGGCAAAGGGAACACACUGUCGCUUGCGCAGGGCGCGGGUCCCUUUGGUGGAUGUAUUGCUGUUACCCAAGACCCUGCUGCUGGUCCGCAGGUUAAGGGCCCACAGAAAGCCGGUGCUAAGCCCAAAGGCCCUCGCGUUUUUUCGCGCUUUUUCGAUCCCUCCAUCGUGGCGCGUGACGCAGUCGUCGAAGACCACCUGCGUGCGCGCGUUGUCGACGAUUUAACCUACCUUGCCGCGCGCGGAGAGCUGACAGUGGAUCUCAUUGACGAGAUCAAGACGGCAACCGGGACGGCCAUCGACAUCCCCAUCGAUAUGCUUGCCGGCCAGAACGAUGCCGCUGAUCUCGGAGGAAACUCGACGACCGCGCCGAACGCGGUGCUCACUGUUCAGCAGGCGGUCGAUUUGAAGAAGGCCGUCACCGACGCGAUCGAGACGGCGUUGACGAUUCUUUCGUCCGGAGGGGAUGUUGUUGCGCAGAAUGCUCAGCCCUUGGACCAAACAAAUGCCGCUAAUGCUGCCGCUGCCGAUGCUCUCCUUGACGGGACGCUGACCGCAGUCAACAAGGGCAACGCGGGCGUGGGCAAACCGCAAACCGCGGUUGUCGACUCGCUCCUGGGUCCCCUCGCCACGCUCACGCGCGCAACCAACUUCGCGAAAAGCACCGCAACAGUCGCGGGAGAUCCCGCAUUGCUCGCCCCAGGUGCGGACAGCGCUGCCCCGGUCGGCGCCGUCGCCAGCGCCCCCGUCGCUAUCGCUAGUGCCAGCCCCAUUGGCAGACCGGGGAGGAAGGGCAAAGGAAGAAAGUUCGGGAAGAGCCGCUUGAACAACUGA